AUGAUACAUUGCUUAAUACGAUCCACUUUCGUCGGUCGACAACUUUCUUUGCAAGUAUACGGAACAUAUUUCCAUCGCUUGCCAACGAACCUAGCAAACACAUUGACAGCUAACGAGGAAAGAAAAUGCGCACCACUCAAUACCAACGACAUAUUAAAUGCCACCGUGGCGCAAUCACAUGCAAUUCCGGCAAUGACAGCAGCUGUAACGUCAUCGAAAGCGAUGCCAUUAUUGGAGACAGCUAAUCCCGAGAUAGCCACGGAAGUCUUUGAAAUUUCCGCAUCAAACGUUAUACCACUUAGUCAUGUGGAUAAGGCGCCGUUACCCUUUGAGGACAUUCCUGGCCCGAUGAUACUCAAGUUAUGGGAAAAAUACUGGAGAUACGUGCCACUUCUGGGUACGCAACUAAUUUCCAGUCUGCUAAACAUCAGAUUUACCCUGGGACGAUUAUCUUGGAAUCGCAAUGUCACGCCGAUUAAGUAUUUGUUCGAUGAGUACGGAUGCAUUGUGCGAAUUAAUGGCCCUUUUGUAAAUGACAUAGUUAUGAUUCACAGGCCCGAGCAUAUAGCUGAAGUUUUCAAGCAUGAGAGCGAGUCACCUGUUCGCAGUGGCAUUGAUAUUCUUCAACACUAUCGUCUUAAUCAUCGCAAAUCUCGAUUCGCUGGGGCGUACUCUCUACAAAGUUCGGAGUGGUUAGAGGUGAAAGAGAAAGUUGACCGGCCGUUACACGAAGCAAGUUCGAAUUAUAUCGGACAACUAAAUUUAGUGGGUGACGAACUCGUUAAAAGAAUUCGUAAUAUACGCAAUCGACAAGACGAGGUACCAGCGAAUUUUUAUCAGGAACUCACCGCUUGGGGGAUGGAAUGCUUCUAUGUAACGAUGUUCGAUAGGCAUCUCGGUUUUCUCGAUUCCAGCUCGAGAUCGAAGGCUGAAGUUACAAAACUUCUUAAUGCGUUAAAUACUGCUCACACGUAUAUGACUCGGUGCGAAACUGGAUUUCAGGUGUGGAGAUUUUUCGAAACUCCAUUCGCCAAGAAACUUUUUGCAGCUUGCGACGUUCUUGACGAGGUUAUCGGAAAAUAUAUUCGUCAAGCGCAGAACAAGCUGCAGGCUUCUCCGUUGGAGAAACAAGAAAAAUCUACGAAUGAAGAAAAAAAUUUAUCAGUGCUUGAAAAGAUGAUGAUUCAGCGAAUCCAGUCGGACGAUAUUGCUACCCUUUUGAUGGACAUGAUUAUUCUAGGCGUUCAGGCUGUCAUAAAUUGCGAGGCAUUCCUGCUUUACUUUUUAGCGAAGAAUCCUAGAGUACAAAAACGAUUGUAUGACGAAAUUAUCUCUGUUUUACCUAAAAAAGAUAAUACAACUCUGACAAAAGAAAGUUUGAAAAAUAUGCCAUAUCUAAAAGCGUGUAUAAAGGAAAGCCUUAGAUUGCGGCCUGCAUUUCCCUACUUGACGAGAUUAUUGUCGUCGUCGAUUUCGCUACACGGAUACACGAUACCGAAAGGAACUUUUGUCAUAAUGGCGAAUCAAAUAACAUCACAGCGUGAGGAACAUUUUGAAGAUCCUGGCAAGUAUCUGCCAGAAAGGUGGUUGAAUCAGACUGAACGUGCGCAUGGUAAAUCUUACCAAGAAUAUUCAUAUCUACCUUUCGGGCAUGGUGUACGUGCCUGUCUAGGAAAAGAUAUGGCUGAAAUGCAAAUGAUGUUACUCACCGCAAAGUUGAUCCAAGAAUUCAUAAUUGAAUAUGAUUAUGCUGAUAUCCAAAGCCAGUUUCGUAUGGUUAAUGUGCCAAAUAAAUCAUUACGUUUUCGAUUCUUAGAUAGGAAUUAAAGAAUAAUAAAAGAUAUAAAGCUUACACAAUUAGAAGACUUUAAGGAACACGAUA